AUGCGAGAUAUCUUGAGCCGUGCAGGUAUGGUGGACUGCAAGCCGUUGGCUACUCCGGUGCCUGUGACUCGUCCCGUUUCUGAAUCGGUGGUUCCUUAUGCCGAUCCCACGCAGUAUCGCAGUCUUGCUGGGGCUCUGCAGUAUCUUACUGUCACUCGCCCGGAUUUAUCUUUUGCUGUGAAUCGGGUCUGUCAGCAUAUGCACUCCCCGACUACUGAGCAUUGGGCAAUGCUCAAACGUGUUCUGCGGUACGUUAAAGGCACUUUGCAUUUUGGUCUGUUUAUUCGCCUAUCCUCCUCUGUUGCAGUGCAUGCUUUUUCGGAUUCGGACUGGGCUGGGGACCUCGCUGACAGAAAGUCUACUAGCGGCUUUGCGGUUUUUCUUGGUGACAAUCUGAUCUCUUGGUCUUGCCGGAAGCAACGUACGGUUGCUCGUUCGUCUACAGAGGCCGAGUACAAGGCACUAGCUGACGUGUCUGCUGAGGUCACCUGGUUGGUUUCUCUAUUGCAUGAACUUCGGUUGCCGUUGGCAGCUCCUCCCACUCUCUGGUGUGAUAAUCUGGGUGCAACUUAUCUCUGUUCCAACCUGAUGUUCCAUGCUCGUACGAAACAUGUGGAAAUUGACUAUCACUUUGUUCGUGACAAAGUGGCAAAGAAAGAGUUGCAGAGAGAUAGCUUGCUAAUAUCAGCUAAAAGUGAAACUGCAACUUGCCAAGAGGAGGGAACAACAUAA